GAAAAUUUAGCUUACCAAGGAGUGCUGUGUACUAACCAACACAAAGGUUGUUGGUUCAAAUCCCAAGGAUUGCAUGUAAAUUACAGUCCUUUCCUCUAGUGUAAGUUGCUUUGGUAUCAGAAAAACUAAGUAAAUGUAAGGCAAAUACAGGAGGAGACCUUUGACUGAGAUCCAUUCCCAGGGAAAGGGGAUUGCCUGCUUUUAAAAAACGUUUUUCCAUUUCAUUCGUGUUUUUUUUGUAGCACAAACAGCCAACCCUCACCCAAACACACACACACUCAGAAUCGAUAAGAAGGACCUUUUAGUCAAUCAUCUCUAAUCAAACUUGAGUAUCGUCAGUUUAUGAUAAAUUUUACUCUUUAUGACAUACUAUACAUAUGCUAAAAAGUCCAUUUUAUUCCCAUGCCUUGCAUUUGAUCCCAGUUAACUUUCCCUGCGUGUCAGUGUAACUUUGUUACCAGGCAAUCACCCAGCCUCAUGCAGCAAGAACUGGUUUGGCAUGUGUGAAACGCCCCUUUGGAAAAUCUGGUUAGUUGUUAUUUAACGUACGUGUCUACUGAGAAAAUCCACCUCUGAAAUCUCACUGUCCGUACACUCCUUCGGAAAUUAUUUCACGUCACAUGAUGGCUUUUCGAGCAUAAACAAAAUCGUGUUUCAGAAAGGUAGCAGAAACGUUUCCAAAUUCAUAUUAACUAAAAAUAACGAAUAUAGAAAUUUCAAACAGCCGAGAUCGUACGAAGCUUGAAAAUGCGCGACGUGAUUUUUUACGUAGACUAUAGUGAAAUACGUGUAACGUUUAACUCAGGCCCACAUAAUGCGAAAAUAAUUAAAAAGCUGUAAAAUGUAACUAUUUGUUUUCGGGACAACAAUCAGGGAGUUAUGUUCAAUAAAAAACACGCUGUUGCACCGACACACUUUCACCGAUAUACUAGCUGUUACCACCCACUUGAACCGGAACCGUUUCUGCCACAGACCGACCGCUGUUGGCCGGGCCGAGCUGAGCUGACCGGCCGCUCCGCUCCGCUACCGGCGCAGCGCUACCCCCGGGCGCAUGUGGGCUAAGCGACGCGUCGCUCCACCGGCGAUCCGCCGUGCCUGAGAGGUGCCGGGGGGGAGCGAAGAGCCGACACACAGAAACCCCGCAGGCUCACCUUUCCUCCCCCUACACCCGCCCGCCCACCGGUUUCUGGACAGUUUUCCCAUUACUGGAGCUGCAGACCAACCUCGAACCAAGCUGAGGCGCGUCGCCGCUCCCCCUUGGCCACCCCUGCCCCACGGCUUACCGUCCCAGCCCGGAGAAGACAGAGCCGGAGUCGUCCUGAAAAGGAAAGAGAAAUAUGGGCAACGCGACAUCCUGCUGUGUGUCGGCGAGCCCCAAGCUGAGGAGAAAGGCGCACUCCCGUCUGGAGCCGUACCAGCCCGACGCGGAGCUGAGCCGGGAGGACACGGGCUGCAACCUGCAGCACAUCAGCGACAGAGAGAAUAUCGACGAUCUGAAUAUGGAGUCCAACCCAUCGGACCACCCCCGGGCCAGCACCAUAUUCCUGAGUAAAUCCCAGACAGACGUUGCCGUGGCGAACAAGAGAGUGCGGGAGAAGAGAAAGAGCCUCUACAUCAACCAUCUCUCUGGGGCAGAUGAGAACACCGUAAACACCCACAUUGUUAUGUUCCAGAAGCAUCCAGGGCAGCUGCGGCGGAAAUACAGCUCCUGCUCCACCAUAUUCUUAGACGAGAGCACUGUGAGUCAGCCCAACCUGAAGUACACCAUUAAAUGUGUAGCCCUAGCAAUUUAUUACCAUAUCAAAAACAGAGACACGGAUGGACGAAUGUUGCUGGACAUUUUUGACGAAAAGCUGCAUCCUCUAUCGAAAUCUGAAGUACCACUCGACUACGACAAACGCGACCCCGAACAGAAGCAGAUCUACCGCUUUGUCCGGACCCUGUUCAGUGCUGCUCAGCUAACAGCAGAAUGUGCCAUCGUCACGCUGGUGUACCUGGAGAGGCUGCUCACAUAUGCCGAGAUCGACAUCUGCCCCGCCAACUGGAAGCGCAUCGUGCUGGGGGCCAUCCUGCUGGCCUCCAAGGUGUGGGACGACCAGGCCGUGUGGAACGUGGAUUACUGCCAGAUCCUGAAGGACAUCGCCGUGGAGGACAUGAACGAACUGGAACGGCAGUUCCUGGAGCUGCUCCAGUUCAACAUCAACGUGCCGUCCAGCGUCUACGCCAAGUACUACUUUGACCUGCGCUCGCUGUCCGAGGCCAACAGCCUGAGCUUGCCCCUGGAGCCGCUGAGCCGGGACAAAGCACAGAAGCUGGAGGCUAUCUCUGGGCUCUGCGAUGACAAGUACAAGGACCUGCGAAAAGCCAACAAGAAGAGGUCUGUGAGCACAGACAAUGUGAACACGGCACGCUGGGCCCCCGCCAUAGUCUCCUAAUGGGGCAUGGCCACGUCAGACUGCCACCCCCCCAUCUGGACUGCUUAGCCCAGCUUGCUGGCUCCACAGUGCCUCCCUUCACUGUGGCAUAGAGGACGCCCAAUUUAUUUUUUUUAUUACUGUUGUCAUGGGUUAUUUUUAUUGUUUAUGUUGGAGAGAGCUCCAGCCUGUAGGGGGCAGUGUCACUAUAGUGCUGAUGUUUUUGAGUUGCCAGAAUGUCAGCCAUGCAGCUGUGAGGACAGAGUUUCCCAGCAAGAGGAAAUUAAAUCAAAUUAGCAAACGGCCCAUGACUGAGGAAGAAGAUCAGCAGAAAAACUCCCAGUUGAUCAUCAGACUGUAAUGAACUGUUUAAAUGAAACAUUUGGCAGCAUUGGCCAGUUCCUUUCGGUUUUGUAUGGAUUUAAUACUUAAUACGCAGAAAAUUCCAAAACCAAGCACAAGGACGGUUGUCCCAGGAUUAUUUUCAUCCUAUACUUAAAUUUCACUUUUGGUGACUUACACUUUCUCCACUCCAAGCAGGAAAGAAAACAUGGUUCCUCCAGCUGCUGGUUAGUACUCCACCCAGAAAGCCAAUUUUCUACUCGACAGUCCAUUCCGAUUUUCGAGCAUCACCGUUUCUGCUGCUGAUUUAAAGAAGCAGACGUCUCCCGCCCCUUAGGUGAUGGACGCUAUCCUGAAGAUCAAGGGCCUCAGUAGCAGGACAAGCUUUUAAAAAAAGAAAAACUUUUCUGUAAAUUCUGUCAGUAUUUAUCAUUUUGCCUAUUCUUGGUGGAACGGGACAGAGCACCUGCGUGAUUUCCUGUCUAUCGUGCCGCCUGCAUCGUUUACAAAUGCCUGUUUCAGGAGACGAGCGCCUUAUUAAAUCAUUGUGUGAAGGAGACAGAACAAGAGAGCCCCCUGAGCUCCUGGGUCCUUCGCUGUGGCAUCCGAUUGGCCGAUUGGUGAUACUGGUCAGGUUGCCUCCCACAGGGGAUGACAUGCCAGCCGAGGUUUCUGUUAUACAGCCGGGUGGCACAGAAGGGGUGGGGGAGAGGUUGGGUGCAUGAGUGAGUAUGGUACUAAGUGGGAUGAUGAACAGAGCGAUGAAAGACCAGGGAGGAUAACGUGGGUCUGCAAGAAGCAACCGAAGGUCUCUAACUUGACAAACAAACGAUAAACAUUCCCCUGAAAACACUAAAGCGUUUUGAGUUGGGGAUGUGUACACUGUAGAACGUUCUGGGUUCAGAAUUUUUCAUCCCUCACGGGAUGGUUCUCAGGUUUUAGUAAAGCGACCUGACCGUAGCCGGGCAGGAAUGGGGGCGACAAAGAUCGCCAUGGUUACGUGAGAGCAGGGAAUUCGGAGCGCGAGAGUGCUCCGGUCGCCUAGACGCCUCCUGUGAAUCUGGGAGCGUGUUCAGUCGUAGCGUGUGCAGUGUUUACCGACGUGUGCUUAAGUCUCACAAGGACACGUCAAGCAGAACACGGAAGAUGCCGUGUGCAGCAGGCUUGGCCUUGCACCCUCUGGUGCCUGUAUUUUUUUUAUUUCUUUUUUUUUUUCCUUUUUCAGAAGUAAGGUUUUAGUUUCUGUUGCCUGAAGUUGAGCUUACGCUCACUUCAAAGGAACCUGAAAUUCCACACUACACAAGUUGCUGUUAAACCCAGUGUGGAUCCCCGCUUGAAUGACAUGGGAAGCCAGAUGCAUGUGUGUGCGUGCAUGUGUGUGUGUGCAUGUGUGUGCGUGCAUGUGUGUGCGUGCAUGUGUGUGCGUGUAGUCCAACAACUUAGUAACAUAUGGGUGAUAUGGCAUCUCCUCUCAAAAUUAAAAAUCUGGAAAUAUUUUGCAAAUGCAAAUUUGUACAGUGUGAAUAUUGUGCUGAAAUAUUUAACUGGGUUUUCAUAUGGUAUAAAAUUAUGGCGGAAUAAAUACUCCUAAUAAUAAAAAAUAAAUAAUAAUUAUGGAUAAAUUAUAAAUAAUUUGAUUGGAAAUGAGAAACGAUCAUCCCUUUUACUAGUAAUUAGUUUGAAAUUUGGGAUGUUCUGUUGUAAUAGAUCAUUCAAAUAUUACAAGACUUUUUUUUUUAAUACCCGAACAAGUUUUAUCUCUGAAAGCGAUUUUAAUGUAAUGUGAGUGAUAUUUAACUGAGAUCCUAAAGUCUAUUUUGUAUGUUUUCCAUAUUUUCCAUAUGUUUUCCAUAUUUUGUCAUUUAAUAUUCCCUAAGCUCUUGUAAUGGCAAUAUUUUCAAAUCACCGUGACCAAACUUUCAUAGACUGAUUUUUUUAAUUUAUUUCUGAAGCAGUAAAAAAAAAAAAAACAUGAUUUGUUAUGAUUUUGAAAUUUUGAGUUUAGAGCCCUUUAAUACAUUCCAUAUUUAUGUUUGCCUAAUUAUAUAUUCAAGAAUUACAAAUAAUGAAAUUUUUCCACAGUUGACCAAAGAAAUGUAUAUAACGUUAAUUAAAAUGUUAGAAUUGAGAGUGCGUCGUACGCUCUACACAACGCGCCAUGAAGCGUGUCGUAUCUUACAGCGAAUGCAGGCCAGUGUGUGACUAAGAGCUCUUUUUGUGCUGUUGUUACUGGUGGUUGGAAUUGUGGUUAUGUUCUCAGGAAGCCCCCUAGUGGUCACUAAAUCUGCAGCGCAACACAAGCAGGCCUGAAUGCCUUGGGGGUCAGGGGGGGUGUCACCAUUAUGGGUCAGUCACAGGCACAGACCUGAGGAAAUGUCACAGUGAUAGUGUUCGGCAAACGUGCUGAUUUGGCCUCUAUUACUGUAAUUAAUGCAUUAGAAACCAAAAUGUAAUAAACAGUGACAAUGUGUUCAUCUGACAACCCAGAAACAAAAAUAUAGGGAAAAUUUACUUGUAUAAAAUAUAAAAUUAUAUUUAAAUGUCGUGGUUGAAUUUGCGAUUUUUCACUUGGACACACACCCCUAGACUGCCAGAUAUCUAAGAGAUUUGACCUGUAUAUUUCGCCAUUUCCUUUGGUUUUCAUUCCUGAACAGUGUGACCUAGACCCGUCUGAGCAGCGGUUGGUCGUUUGUGUGUGAAAGAGAGACCGAGAUGCACCGAAGUGUCAGUCUGUGAAGGAACCGCUGACUGGGAAAUGAGAGUCUGGCGCCCCUGCUGGACACUGUUGGAGUACCAGAAACCCUGAAACGAUCGCAUGGCACCAAAAGAGACUUUGUUAGCGUGGAUGCCAGUGAACCUCUAAUGUCAAUCCUAUUUAUUUCGUGUGUACAUACUGCCUGAUCCUAAUCACAGUACUGAAGUCCAGUUCGUGCACUGGGCUUCGUUAGCGGCCGGUGAUUUGGCUUCCGCACUGAACUCUACCUCUGCACAGAGUUUUUGAAUUUUUUAGGAUUUAUAAAUUAAACAUUUUAAUGUCUUCUUAAAAUGGUGGUUUCCUGUGCUAACACGAAAACAACUGCUGUAAACAUGGACCUCGUUUUACGUUCAACCAUCGUAUAGUUAGUCUGAUGUCGUUUGUGUACUCUGAUCGUUGUUUUAACUUUCUCUACUAAUAAGUUAUUUUUCAUUUUAGCUUUUGUAAAGACACGUUUUCUUGGUUUGCCAAACACAAAGCAUUAUGUCAUAUUAUCGGAACUGAAUUUUGUUUCUUUUUUAAAGUGGUGGUGUUUUUUUCCUGUAUAAUGGUCCUGGUCCCGUGACUCUUGGGGAUUAAUUAACAGCUGGCUUCAUGCCUUCUGUGGCUCAGAAAUAUAUUUUUACUGACAGUCCCAUUUCAUAAACAAUAUUUAGAAAUGACCAGAAUAAAACAUUAAAACAUGCACUCAA